AUGGCUGUGCAACCUUGUCAACAGUUUUCUCUCGGUAAUGUCGUGUAGAUUAAGCCAAUCUUUUGUUGUUCUUUGCUUUUGAUUGCGUAAAUUUUAUGCUUCGUUUGCAGAUGGAGCUGCGGAACAAGGCUUUCUUGCAUUUUAUCGUUCCUUGCCUGAGGUACGAGAUAAUUUAAUAAUGCUCGUGGUUAAUUUUGUGUAAGUUAUUUAACGGCUAAGCUUCAGGUAAACUUGCCCGAAGCCUACAACUGUACGUGUGUUUGCUCUAGAAAAUGUGACAUCUCUUUUUUGUUCCUUUAUUUCAUUAGAAACCAGAGACAACUUUUCGUGUGUUUGAUCGCUCGGUGAGUAGAUGGUUUAAUGUUGUAGUGCUCCACAGUAGAUCAGAUGAUCUUGGUCACUGUCUCCUAUCGCCCCUCCACCCAUAAAUAGCUAGACUUUUCAUUACCUCCCACUCCCCCUAUCUAUCUAUCUGCCAUUAAUUUGCCGCCAUUGGUCAAUAAAUCAAUUAAAAAUAAAUAAAUAAAAGUAGUCAAAUAAUAUCAUACUCUAAAUUAAAGGUAGUUUGUAAAAGCCAUCAACGAAGAGGCAUUAAAUGUCUCAUUUGGCAAAAUGUUCCACUCUUUUAUUGUUCUUGGAAAAUAUAUAGUACUUCCUUCAUGAAGUACUUGUCAGAAUUAAGCAUGUUGCCAAUUUACAUUGUACCUAGGCUUCAUAUGUAAUGAAAAAUACCUCUUGUGCUCGGGAAAUUUGUUUUAUAGCUUACCCCUGCAAUUAUAUGAAUUCUUCCUCAAAUUUCCAGUGUAGGAGACAGGGUGGCAACUGCUCCAUGUUUUUGCAAGACAAGAAAUCAAAAGAAUGUUAAAUAUCCCUGUUGACUACUAUCAGGAGUCCAGUAUGAAGAUUGGAAAGGCUUUAUUCUACUUCCAUUGGGGAUGGCUUCAAUUACAAUCAAUAGACUAUAUCAUCUGACACUAAGCUAUUGUUCAUUGUUCCUGUGCUUACUCAAUCAACAGUAGUCAUGUUUAACUAACAUGUAACACAACAUAACAUUGCAUAAUGUAACACAGAACAGCAUCUUCAUAGCAAACGUAUUGCAUGCAUUCCAUGGCACCCUUACAUUUGUGUACAUGUGCAGAUAAUAUGUGAUGUGUCAGUAUAUGAGAAUGCCUCAAGCAGCCACUACUGAAUCACUGUUGAUCUUGUCCUCCACAGUGACUGGGGCCUAUAUCCCUUGCCUUUCUCAGUGCUGCUCAGGGCUGUCACUAAGAAUUUACGUUGCCCGGUAUAUGUGUUGUAGUUCAAUAAUAUUAUUUUAUCCUUUGUUUAUUAUAAAUUUUAUUUUCCUUUGUUCUAAACUCAUAUUCAUUCAUUAACAUACCACAAAACAAAAGAAAAGAAAAUUUAAACUAAGGAAAAAAUUGAACCACAACAUACAUACUGAAAAAUUUCGAAAAUAAGCCCCUCCAUGUAUAAGCCCCCCCAACCGGUAACGCAAAAAACCCUCUGUUAAAUCGCCCCUCCAAAUGUAAGCCCCUCAGGGGCUUGUACUUGGAAAAUUGCCCUCAAAUGCAAAGUAGAAAAAAGAAAAAAUGGUAAAUUUACUUUCAACUAUAAGGCUAGCCCUAUCGAGUUUGAAACGCAAAUUUCCCUCCGUAGAUAAGCCCCUCCGAAUAUAAGCCCCUCCACAAAUAAGCCCCUCAAAAAGGGCCUUUGAAAAAUAUAAGCCCCGGGGCUUAUUUUCGGAAUUUUUCCGGUUUGCAAUAAGUAUAGCUAGGAUAUUCAUUUGGUUCUGCUUUUCUUUUGUUUAUUUUGAAAGUAGCCAGCAUUCAUGCUCAUUGUAACCGGGGAAAAUCUCCAACACCUGGCCUCUAUUGACACCCCUGGUUACACACUGAAGGUUCUCAUACAAUUUGUCCCCAGUAAUAUUGAAAAAUGUCCUUAAUAACAUUUUCUCCUCCCAAAUUGCAGGACUAUUAUACUGUUCAUGGCCCAGAUGCAUUGUUUGCUGCCAAAGAGGUUUUCAAGACAAUGAGUGUUAUAAAACAUCUUGGUUCAGGUAUACUGUGUCGCUAGGAAUGUGAUACUCUGUCCUAGUUAAAAUCUUUUGAGGGCAUUUACAGCAAAGCAUCAGGAGACUAGGAAAUUGCUUCUUCUCUGGAGCAUUUUGGCAGACUACAGCUGUAUGAUUACAACUGUAGCUGGAAGACUCCAACUGUUGGUUGGCAGAUUCGCAAAAUUUACUUUACACUGUGUUAUUAUUAACUGCUAUGUUGACUAUAAAGCACUUAGGAAAAUUAAUGUUCUGUUCUUUGUGAUUAGUUUUACUACAUGUAGCUUUGCACUGAACCUGUUGGUACCCAAUUUUUGCACAGCUAGGUAAAAAAGAACAGUUUGGAUAAAACAACAUGACAGCGGACGUCUGGCGCAGCUCUUUGCAACUCUUCCGCCCCUAAAACUCACAUUUCAGACGAAAUGCCAAGUUUCAUUUUGUACAUGGAAAACACUGAAAUAUACUAUGUGAAAGCACUGCCAAAGGGUUGUAUUAAAUGAUCCUGACAUGUGGUUUCAGCCUUAGAGUCAAAAUUGGUAUUGCUUUUGUAUAUAUUGCAUGUGCAACCAUGAUUUACAGUGACUUUAUUUCCCCGCUUUCGUUGUUUUCUCAUCAGGUGAAAUACAAGCUAUGUAAACGUUACUGAAAUGAUAUUCAUUUCAGCUUAUGUUUCAGCACCAGAUGUACAGCUGUAUGUACAUACAUGUAACUGGUUUAAUUUGUUAAUUAUGUACUUUUCAGGAGAAAAGAAGGUUCCAUCUGUCAUUUUGAGUAAAAUGAAUUUUGAGAGCACAGUUCGAGACCUUUUGCUGGUCCGUCAGUACAGAGUAGAAAUGUACCGUGCCAGCAAAGGCACAAAGAACACCUCUGCAUGGGAACUUGUUGCAAAGGUAUUUGUGCAGAUAUACUUCGUACUUGUAACAUAAUUUUUAUAACAGCUACUGACACCUUGUAAUCAUAAAAGAAUCAAGAAACAGAUUACUGUGUAUUCUCAAAAAUAGUGAUUGAUUCUGAUACUAUAUUGUCUCUUUUGGUGCCAUGUUAUAUAAUAUCCAGGGUUGUCAUUAAGAGGCGGGGGCUGGGGAUUUCCCCUGGCUACUAUGAACAUGGCCCCCUCCUACUCUCAAAGGAAAAUAGAAGAAAAAUAGAACCAAAAGAAACCCAUAGCUGUUUAAUUCCCUGCCUACUUGUUGUACUCGGCAACAUGAAAUGUUAGUGACAACACUGAUGUCUGUCGCUGUCACAUUGGCUGGUAGGGAUGUGUUACAGCCUUAAAAUGUUGAUGUCCAAAAAACUGAAUUUGUGUCAUUAUUGGUACCGUUCAUUCAGAAAGAGCAGAUGAAAAACACCUCUUAGUUAAAAAUUCAUGAGGAUUUUUAUUGAAGUUCUUACAAUAAGGAUCCAAGUCAAAUUAAAAAGGAUUUGCCAUCAGAGUCAUCAGAGCAUAACUAAAUCCUACAAAUAAACAUUUAUCUCAACACUACUUUGCACGUACAUGCUGAUUAAUGGCAGGUGGCAUCUUUCUCCUUGCUUUUUUUUCUUUCUUCUCUUUUGGUUUUUGUUUGAAUUUUCUUUUCCGAUUUUAGGCAUCACCAGGAAAUUUACAGCAAUUUGAAGAUAUCCUCUUUGGUAACAAUGACAUGUCAGUGUCAGCUGUUGUCAUGGCAAUCAAACUUGGUACAGAAAAUGGCCAAAGGGUAUGCUAUGAACAUUAUCUACCAGUAUAUUUACAGAUAAUACUAAUAGGUGGUGUGGUAUAUGGCUGUAUGAGUUGCAGUAAAAACUGUCCUCUGCUGUUAUUUUGGACUACAGGUAUGUGUACUGAAGGUAGCCUGUGUACACCCAUUUCCCCACCCCCUCCCUGAUUUUUAUGAGGGGGGAAGGCAGAUGUGCCCAGGCUACAUUGAAGGUAGAGUUAGACUGUAGUGGAGACAACAAACCAACAUACUCAUCGACUGCCACUGACCCAGUUAAUAAUAGUGGUGUUGCUUUGGCUAAUCAUUGCCAGUCAGUAAUUUUCUACUGCUUUUGUCCAGUGCAUAUUAGUAAAGAGUAGUUUAGGAAGUUUGAUUCCUUUGAGUGAGGUCCAGGCACAAGAAAAACUUGGGGUUUUUUGUAAGUAAGUUAAAGUACACGUACAUGUAACUGUCACUAUUUCAUCUUUCUCUUAGGGGGUAUUAAUUUAUCUUUGGAAAAAUUAAUUUCCUUUUGACAGAUUGUAGGUGCUUCCUAUGCUGAUUCUGAAGCAAGAAAGUUUGGUGUUUGUGAAUUUGUGGACAAUGAUCAGUUUUCCAACCUGGAGGUAAAAUGUUUACUGUAUAAUGAUGUAUUAAAUUUAGAAUUGUUGUUAAUGAGAUUUUUUACUUUUGAUUUGUUUUUACUGAUGCAAGCAAGUGGUUAGUACUCUGUACGUGUAUUUGUUUGUGUACUGAUGAAUUUCAUAAAUAAUUCAUUUCAGGCAUUGUUAGUCCAGCUUGGUCCAAAGGAGUGUUUACUGCCCCAGCAUGACUCAACUGCUGAUGCAGCAAAAGUGCAAGAAGUGAUUCAACGAAGUAACAUUCUUAUCAGUGAGAGGAAAAAAGGUAAAUUUUCUAAUAUAGCCAGAGUAACUUAUCAGAUACCAGUUCUGGGUAAAAUUCUUCACAAAGUGUCUUAAGCAAAAGUAGUCUCUGCUGUUUGUCAGCUCCCAGGACCUUUGGCACUGUGAUGUGGACCAUGAUUCAAACCUAAUACAUGUAGUGAUACUCGCGACACCAUUGGAAGGUAGUGGUGCUGUGGCCUUUGGUCUUUGGUGUUGCCUGUUAGACUAUUUCCAGAGCUGCUGGCGGGCCACCUGUUGAAUUACAAAGCCAUACCACACCGCAAAGUCACAACACAGAUUAGAAACUUUUACUCUCACAAUUGAGCCUUCAGUUAAUGGACGAGUGGACUGAUACAUGUAUCUCAAUCUCCAAGUCCAUCUCUGAACACUCCUUUUGCCAAGACCACAUUGGCUAAUAUAGGGUUACUGUCACUGCAGGCUUCUCCAAUUUUCAUUGUUGCAGCUUGAUGCCAUUGCUCAACUGAUAAUGGCAUCUUCCUAGCAAUGGCAGUUUGUCCAGCCAGUAAUGAAGCAUGGCUUGUGCAAUUAGGUGUUCAUUCUGAUAUCCCAUACUGUUGUGGUGGUGGGUAGGAAAAUCAUACCACUGCAAUUUGUCUAGCCUCUAGGUGUUGGCGAGGCUUUUACAGCUUCAGUCUUGUCCGAAUCGGCUUCAGUUUCAUUUUAAUAAGUACAUGACCAAGGAACUUGACUCGACUUAGGAGCUGUGUACAGUGAUCAGUUUCAAGCUUUUGUUUUGUCUUCAGUAACCCGAUGACUAAUUGUUUUAUGUACAGUUAAGACACCAAGGUAAAUUGAUGACAGUAUGUCCUUGAACACAAUGAUCAUCAGUUGCUCAAAGCUCAUGGGUGUAUACACGGUCCAAAUGGCAUCACCACAUACUGCCAAAAUCCACUCCCAGCCAUGAGUGCUUUUUCCUCCUAACCCCAAAAUGAUAUCAACCUGCCAGUACCCACUCUCCACAUCAAUUCUGAACACCAUUUGGACCCAAAAGGUCAAUCUAUGAAUGUGUUAUCAGUGUGUGGUGAGCAAAUGCCUUAUUUCAGGUCAUGCUGUACAGCAUCCAGUAGCCCAUGUAGAGCAUGGCUUAUUCAGUGGUACCUCCUCGGUACCAUUGAGAAAUUUGCCGGUCACCAUGUUCAGGUAGCACUUGUAAUCAUCCAAAAUAAAAUUAACAAGUAUUUUGUGUGCAUAAGGAUGAAUUCACCACUGAUUUUCUAACAAGAACUUGGCCUCACCUGAUCAUAGAACAUUCUCUUUCAUUCCUUUACAAAGUGUGGUUGUUUAAUUGUUAAGCUACAUGCAGCAUCUAAGACUUUGUUACCUGACCCAUGACACUCACACAAAAAGCUAUAUUUUUGGCUGCUCUCCUCCUUGAAAACCUUUUUCUUUACUCUAUUUCUUGCUUUUUUGGAAUGAGAUACAAAACAGCCAUAUCUAACAGGGCCCUACUAGUUAGAGUGGUUUGUCCACAAAACAACUGUUUCUUGUGAACUAAAAACUCAAAAACUGCACAUGAUAACAUGCUUCAACAAAUGCUACGUAACCGUGCAUUCUUAAAUGGAAAGUACUUUUUUGUAAAAUUUUUCACAAAUAUUUGAAAAAUUUUCUUUCUCCAUUCAGCUGAGUUUUCCAACAAAGACAUUGUUCAGGAUCUCAACAGGCUUUUGAAGCUGGGUGCAUCAGGAAAUAGUUCAACACUGCGUAAGUGAUACUCCUCACUAAUGACAGCAAAUUGUAAAAAAUCAUACUGUGGAAACAACACUUGUCAUCAGUGAUAUGUGGGUGGGCCUUGCGACCUGAAAAGAAAAGGGGCAUAAAGUAAGGGGCACAAGUUAAGCAAUAUUUAGUGUGCAGUAAAAAAUUUUUGAAACUUUUAGUCUGCAGAAAUAACAAGGUAAAAUGCAACUAGGUUAAUUCUUGCACAGUUUUGUGGUAAGAUUCCUAGACAAGAUUCCUGGUUUGCCUAAACAGCAAGCAGAUUUACAUUUUUCAAAAGUUGUCUAACACUGGAUUCCAGUAUGAGCACUGUACAUUCUACUCUACAACAGAAUAAUUAUGGAUGCAGUGUUCUUUGCCUUAUAUUUUUCAUCUGGUUUUUUAAUUUAGCUGAAAUGGAUUUGACACAUGCCACUGCUGCUUUAGCAUCCUUGAUCAAAUACCUUGAGGUAACUUUCUAUUCUAUCAGAUGGUAAAGGUAAAGGUGCACAUGAGCCAAAGGCCCACAUGGCCGGAGCUUAUUUCUGGUUUCCAUAGCAUGAAGCAAGCCUAGGAGUAUUGCUACUCCCCCCUGGACGGGAUGCUAGUCCAUUGCAGGGUUGCCCCCCAGAAGUAGGUCGCUAAAAUAAAGAUAUUUCCAACGAUCUCUCACUGCUCCGCAUAAUAUUAAUUCACUAUAGCAAGGUCAUUUCAAAGUAAGAAACUGACAAGAACUCAUCACUAAGACUUCAUUAUUGAUUUUAACAAAUCCAGAUGAAAAAAGGAAACCUUAAAAAAUAAACAGCCCUAAGGGAUCAGAGCAAAAUUAUGAUCCAAUUUGAUUUAAGAAUAAAAACAUAAGAGACUUUUGAACAAUCAAAACUUACCAAAACUUUGUUUGAAAUUUCAGAACUAACCUUGUGUUGAAUAUCUACAGUUUCUUGCAGACGAAACUAAUUUUGGGCAGUUUCACCUUAGUACCUUUGACUUGACACAGUUUAUGAAGCUUGAUGCAGCAGCUGUGAGGGCUCUUAAUCUUCUUCCAAAUCCUUUAGAUGGUAAAACAUCCAUAUUCUUGAUUUUACCAUAAUUAUUAAAAAGUUUAGAGAAAAAUGUUUUUCAGUUUGUAAAACAGGAAUUUCAGUAGAAAAUAUCCAAGUACUCCCGACUGGAGUCGAACCUGUGACCUUGUGGUUACUACUCCAGAUGCUCUACCACUGGGCUACAGGAGACUCAAGGGAGCUUAAGAAAAGCAUUAGAACUGUAAAGCUGUCCCAAUACAUUUGUCCAUGAUAUAAGGUGCAUGUGACAAACAUCCUGCAUGUUUUUAGGUCUGGAAUGUUAAACAUCAAAGCCUUAGUUCUUGCUCAUAGUUGUUUGCUUUGUCUUGAAAGGAGGGAACAAGAGUAUGUGUCUGGUUGGCCUUUUGAAUAAGUGUAAGACAGCUCAGGGACAGAGACUGUUGGCGCAGUGGGUGAAACAACCUCUCAUGGAUAAGAACAAAAUAGGUGAGUGCUAAACCCUAAGGCUGCAGGCUCUAUAUGCAGUGGUAAAUACAGACAAACAGCCAUAUACCUUGUAAAUCUACCAGCACAGUAAAAUAAACAAGUGAAACCUUGGGUGUUGAAUGGUUUGGUCCUUCUGUUUUGUUUGUUUGAUUGUUUGUUUUAGUAUAAUCUUUGCCCUGGUACUUGCAGAAGGAACCUCCAAAUAUCUGGCAACUACUUGCAAGAUGAUGAAGACACUUUUUCCAGAAAAACAACUUUCCUUUAGUGUGUCUCACGGGAUAAAAAUAUUUCAAGUAAAACAGUUGUUUCCCUCCCUCUUACAAAUUUAAAGUUGUCAUCGCAAUUUUGGAAUAUCAAUCAACCUGGUGCCCUUUCAACUUCAAUAACAGAUUCAACUAUUACAAUAACAUUCUUCUUGGCACUGAGCACACUGGCACAUUUUACUUCACUCUCUUUGGAGUUCAGUUAGAUUUUAAAUGUUUUCUUUGCAGAGGAACGUCUUGACAUAGUGGAAGCUUUCUUUGAAGAUACAGAAUUAAGACAGACAAUUCAGGUUUGUUUGCUGUGAGAGAAUUUAAAGAUACUAGCUGUCUUGUUCAACAGUAUUGAUUUAUUCAUCAGAAAGUGUUUGAUAUCCAAGAUAACUUACCCUGAGAAGUAAAAAUCAAAUUUAAUCCUAGGGUUGGGCACUGGCAUCUGAUGUGGAUGGCCUCUCAGAUUUUCCUUUCGAUGUCCAUGUUUUCCUGGUCAACACUUUUGAUCUCCUUGCAGUCAAUCCUAUCUACCCAUAAUUUUAUAUUUUCAUCUUGGAGAGUGCACACUUCAACUUGCACAAUUACAUCCCUCAGUCCUCCAUCAAUCCUGCCUGGCAAUCUCUCCCCAGUGCUGUCUGCUUCAGGCUUAAUCAACUCCCCACAUGCUGGGGGAAAACUUAGGCCUUCCUUCUGCUGGUGUGGCAGGCUGUGGGAAGGACUCUGCCCUGUGAAUCCCCCUAAACUGUGAGCCACCUUGUUGAUCACUACUCCAUCUUUAGUGCUGCCAAUGGUGGCCUGGUGAAGACUUUGAGAUACUGUGAACAGGCUCUGGAAGGAGGAGGGGUGGGUGUCCUGAUCCCUCAUUCCCUUCUCCUUUUUGAUGAAACUCUAGCAUGUCCACACUUUUUCAUUGCUUUUCUUUCAAUUGAUAUUUUAAAUUUUAGGCGUUGCAAAAAAAAAGAGAUAGCUUUUCAUACCUUAGUUUGACAAAGUAGAGGGGAAAAAGACGAUGAAUGGAAGAGGGAGAAAGGAGGAUUUCUUCAGGCAUUUGAAAGGGGCUUUUGGGCACAUGAGAAGCGUGGUCUUGCACCCAAACUCCCUUUCCCUUCCCUUUUGAACACAUGCCAUGCAGGCUAUUUCUUCCCCUCUUUCCCAACCCCCACCCCUCUUAAUGUUUUUCCAUGAUCACUCUUUUUUGGUGCUGCUCCCGCUAUCUGAACUCCUAAAACAGGCUAUUCUGGUGCUAGAAGACUUGUCUGUGACCUCAUGAAAUAACGACCUCAAAACUCUGACUGUCUUAUUUGCAGGAGCAGGGUUGAGAUCACUGUACUGUUUGCCAUAUCUUAAGUGUAACUGAUCAUAUUAUUUCUUUAACGUAUACAAAAAAAUGUCACAAGGUUGAGCAAUUAAAGACACGAGCACUAAGUCCUUUAAAACAGACAUGGUAGCACCAUGUAUACUUUUCUGUCAUCCUCUUGAAACAUUGGGUCUUCUGUCCAUUCAUCUGUUGAUUACUUGACAGUUUCAAUAACCAUUACCAAGGUCAUUCGGUAGUUUGCUUCAGAGGAGACACCACUGAAUGCUCACCUGUUUGACGCAUCAAAUCCUGUUUCCUGUCAAGAUAAUAUUUUUUAUUUUCCCAAAACCUGCACCAUGUUUUAGUCAAAUCCGGUAUCCCGAAAUUACCCUUCCAGAUGCUGAGUCAAAAGCUUCAAUGCUUCUAUAUUAUGAGACCUUGAGAUAAGAGUUAUUAUACAAAUAAACAAAGUUGCACUCCUUUAACACUACAUGGUGUUCAGUAGUCUCUGGUAGUCCACGUAAUAUUUGAACUUGUUUGCCAACACAUGAUUGUACAAUAUAACAUGCUUUAUGACUGUCUGACCUGGGAUAGUGUCUUAGUUCUCAACUUAUUUUUGUUUUCUUCUCUAUAUCUUUAAAGGAGGAACUUCGCAAAGUCCCUGAUUUUUCCAGGCUGGGUAAGAAGUUCCAACGACUAAAAGCAAAUUUGCAGGUACCCCUCUUUUAAAGUAUUUCCAGCUAGAUGAUUAUUGCACAUUACCUUUCUUUUUUAUGGUUAUAGUAAUUUUGUAUACACAUGACUGUUUCAACAGGACUGUGUGAGAGUCUACCAAGCUCUUCACCGGCUUCCUUCAUUUAUUGAAAUUCUUGCUGGUUAUGAAGGAAAUCAUCAAGGACUAAUACGAGACUGCUUUUCAACUCCUCUCAAGGUGAUUUAUAUUGUUCCCAUUUUUUUUUUUACCGAACCCCAAUAAUGGUAUGAAGAGUUGGUCUGGCUACUUUAUUCAUGUUUCCCUGCCUUGGAUUCAACUACACCGUUUCUUUUCAAAAGUUAAUUGUAAACACAUCAUCGUGUUUGAUUGAGCCAACAUUCAGAUGCGAUCUCCUCUUUCAUAAAUGAUACUAUGAUAGUUUUCAGGAUUAUAAAAAGUGUAAUUUAGAAUUAAAUAAAUUCUAGUUUUUGGGCAGAACCACACUAACUUGGGUUAAACUUAACUCAACAAACAGAAGCUAGACCCCUUACCGUUCUUUGGUCAAAUCCUUGCUUCUUUUCAGGUGUGAAACCACAGGGUUGCCAAGUAACAGCAGCAUUAAAUUAUUAUUAUUUAAUUACAGCUAGUAGGCUUGUUACAGUGUCUGCCAGUCAAAGUACCAGUAAAUGCAGUUCUUGUAGCUUUGAAAAAACCGGUAUUCAACAGGCUCUGGAUUCCAGUUUGUCCCACUGACUUGCUCUUAUUUAUUAAUACUGGUAAGUAGAGUGCUUUUCCUGAUUUUCAGGAUCUUGUUGAGGACUUUCAAAAGUUUACUGAGCUAGUGGAAACAACAGUGGACCUUGAGCAAGUGGAAAAUCAUGAAUACUUAAUCAAGGCUUCUUUCGAUGAAGGCUUGCAAGGUAUGUUGGUGUUUCGGACUAAGAAGUGAGUUUUUGAUGUCUGUUACAAUGCUUGCUUCAGCCGGUCGUUUCCUCGUCAAAAAAGUAAGCAUGUACUGAGAAAUCCUUGAACGAAUUUAAGGGUGCUUUCCAUUUGUUAGAACUGGCCGGCCGGACCAUUGCCAUACCAGUGAACAGUCAGUUAGCCAACAAAAUCAGCUUUUUCCAAAGCGUUUUUGCUGAAAAACCAUCUCCUUCGUGCAUUUUAGGAUUUGAUUGAUCUGGCUGGACAGUUCUGAUUUAAAGUGAAAAUCUCAUUAUCACAAAAAGGGUCUGGCCAGUCAGUUCUGACAAAUGGAAAGCGCCUAAGUCUUAGAUUGGGUGGAGAAACAUGUAAUUGGUUUAAAGGAUUUGGUUUUCUUGUGAAGAGAAGUGUGGUGUCACCAAAGUUCAAAUUUGUGAAAUUAUAGGAUUGGUUGGCAUAUUCAGAAAAAAAUUGUAAAUUGGUGGGGAGAUAUAAGCACAAAUAUCCUCUGAUAACUCCAUACAGGUUCUUCUAACACUGGCUUGGAUCGUAACGUCUACAAUCUACAGGCCUAUUUUAGAGGGAUUUAUAUGGUCUUUGGAGUAUGACGGUGCUUGAUCAUUAUAAUCUUUUCAAAAAUGCUUUUUUUGCUCUGUGUUGUAUUGCAAUAGACCUACUUUCUGUUUAUUUGUUGUAUAAAGUGUAAAAAAAAACAGCAGAAACUUUUUGUUGCACCUUUCCUAUAGAAUGUAGAGAAAAAAUGGAUGAGAUUUUGGAACAGAUACCAGUGGAACUAAAUAAGGUUCGUAUUGUCUUGUGGUAAAUAAACUUUUCAUGUUUUGAGUGAGUAUUUCGUGAGCUUUAGUUGGUUAUUAAGUAUUAGAUCCAUUUUGGUUUCUAUUUUGCUGUGCCAUAAUACAGGCUGCCAGAGACUUGGGCCUAGAAGCUGGAAAAUCAAUAAAGCUAGAAUCUAACAACCAGUUUGGCUAUUUCUUCAGGAUAACAAAAAAGGUGACUUAAUGUCUCAUUUGUGUCAUGGUUUAAUAAUACGUAAUGCUUAUAGAAACUAUUGUGCCAUCCUCAAUUUUAAGUUUGGUGAAUGUCAAUUGUUGGUAAAAAAAAAACAAAACAAAAACAACUCAAGAACCUGUUCAAUAUCAUGCGUUUGGGUGUUCCACUUUGAAUUGAAAUUUGAUAGUGCGAUAAAUCUCUCAGAGCAGAGUAGAGAACUAACCCACAUAUUAUAAGCAAUCAAAUCAAACUCCGGUUACAUUGGAGGAGGGCAAGGUCGUCUUGCCAUUAAGCUAAUUCAGUACUUACCAAUGUAAUUUUAAAAAGUUAGAGCAAACUAAGGCACUUGCGUCUCUCAGAUGCGUCACAAACUUUUUCAAAUUUGUUGGUCAGAUCAGCAACCUGCAUACCUAAUUAACCCCGUGCUCUAAUUCAUUUUUUAGUAGGCAAAAUGAUCAUUUUUUAAUUGGGGAAUUACGUUUCUGUAUUUUUAUUGUUUGAUUCUUGAUUCAAAUUUGCAGGAGGAAAAAGCACUUAGAAACAGCAAGCGCUUCACUACAAUAGACACACGGAAGGAUGGAAUAAGAUUUAACAAUUCUGCCCUGCGUCAGCUGAAUGAACAGUUCCAAGGUUACAAAGAAACCUACAAUGAUGUACAAAGUAAACUGGCCAAUGAGGUGAUCAAGGUGGCAGGUAUGUGAGAUGUCUUCAGAUCAGCUCACAGUUUCUCCACACUGUUCUACAUAUUGGCCGUUUUCACACUAGAGACGGAUUCGGAGCUUAAGCAACAACAGGGGCACCCAACGAGGAUAUGGUUCAAAACCACUUAACAUAGCUAUGUUGAACGUAUUUUAGUAUUCAAACGGUAGAUAUAGGCAUAUUUUCAUCCCCUAAAAACUUUUCAUCUGUUCGGAUUCCCUAGCUGAAAGUCUAGUGAUCCGAAAAUUAUAGGGAUAAAAACUUACCUUUUCGAAAAUUUCAGCCAGGAAAAGGCUCCCGAAAAUUCUAGGUGGCCUUUUUUAGGGUCAAAAUACGUUAAAAAUGGGUAAUUAUAGAUGCAGGCAAGCAAGAAAUUUUACUGCAAAUGCUCCGAAAAUUCUAGAUCUCAAAUCGUCUUCCGAACAGAUAUUUUCCCGAAAAUUGGCGUUGGGUGCCCCUGCAACAACGACGGCGACGGCGACGGCUGCGAAAACGUCACUUAAAAAGUGAGGUCGCGCUGCUUCAAACUUAAUCCAUCUCGUUACCUUUGUGAAAUGUUACCGAAUUUUUCUGGAGUUGAAUUCUAAAGGAGUGUAUGGUAGUUCAGGAAAAGAGAAAGAAAGUCGUUGUGUUCCGUUCACUCCUCCACGAAACGUGAAAUUAGGAAGUUUCACGUCGUAAUCUUUCAAAGACUCCACAGAAAUGUAAAAAACGUGUGAUGUACGUGCAAUUUGGUGUUUUGCUAAUACAAACCUAUUGUAUUUUUGCCGUUCUCGUUGCCGUCGCCGUCGUCGUUGCUUAACCUCCCUAUUUUCCAACUCAGACAGGUUAUCCGUUGGGUAAUUCGCGUCAGACAAGUAAUUCCUCUUAAUUAGACUGCGAGCAGUCUCUCUUAUUCUUCAGAUUUAGUGAGAGCAAUGCACGCGUCUCCCGUCUCGCGCCAUCAGUCACGCGCGUGGCCAUUUGCGUGUCUCACGUUUUGCUCGACGGACUACAGAAAAAAGAGAGGCUGCUCGUAGUCUACCUCUUAAUCUGAAAAUUGAACGGUUUUAAUUUUGGACGAAUAAUCCGUCUCUAGUAUGAAAACGGCCAUUAUAUUUCUUCUGGCAGUGAAGAUAAGAAUUUGUUUUAAAAACAAUUGAAGUUUAUCUUUUGGUAAUCAAUUCUUUUACUAAUCAUGACCCGCAUGUUUGAUUGUACAGCCCAAAGAUGAAGUCUAAAUAGAAUCCAAGCUGUAACAAUGGCGCGCUAAAAUCCUUUGCAGCUAAAUUUCGCCUUUGACUAAACGAUUAACCGCAAAAUGAGGAGAACUCUUUCCAGAAUACGCACUUUCCUCACGGCUUUUUUAUCCGCAUUGAAUUAUAACCUUUUGCGCAUCAGAGCCCUGGGUAUGGUUAAAAAAAAACAGCAGCUCGGGAAAAGAUAUGGCCGAAGUUCCCUACGUAUAAACUGUAGGCAGCUCAAAAUAUUGUUUUUUUUUCUGCAGGAGGAUACAGUGAACCCAUGCAAAUGUUGAGCGACAUCAUCGCACAAAUUGAUGCUUUAAUAAGGUGACUUUCCUUUUGAUGAUGCACCGUUUACUGUGACACUCCAUUGUAACUUAUUUAAAGUGAUGUCUGUACCAUUGACUGAUCACAUCGACAUCAUUAUAUCGUUGAAAAUGUACUGGACCCUGAUGUGUGUUCCGUCAAGUUUUAAAGCACGCGACCUUCAUUGUGAUGGACUGUGACCAAUACACAAACAGCCUUUUGAGGGGACAUAUUUAAAGGACAAAGUUAUAGAACAGAGCAUCAUGAACCAGCUAACUUUUCCGUUUAAAAAUGCCCUUCAAAACCUUUUGGAAGAUAGUUUGAAUAAAACCGAUACUUGUAAUUGAUGAUGAGUGCAAAACAAAGGGAAAAAACUGAUUACCCACAGUAUUAUGUGAAACAAUUAUUCCCUUGUAGUUAAGGCACUCUAGUCACUAAGCUACUAAGAGACUCCUGGGAAGCAGAGAUUUUAAUUACAGUUAUGUGUGAUACGCUUCUUACAUACUGCUUGGAUGAGGCAUUUUAAUGAGGACGGGAAAGUCGUUGAUCUGAAACUAAACCUGUCAAGAAUGAUAAAAAUAUCUUUGAGUGUAACUAAGCAUCCACGGGGUAUGCUUUAGGGUAUCUUCAGGUCUGGAAAUAUUUAGAUAUUUCAAGCAGUAUUAUCGAAUGUUUUUUAAGCUUUAGGUGGUAAACGAGAUGACAACUGCAGAAUCAUUCUUUUUCUUGGCUCGCGAGUCUUCUUACUGUUUUCUGUUCCCCAAAAAUAAUGGUUUAGCUUAGCAAAGAUAUCUUGUUCACACAAUGCAAUUUAAUGUAAGCAUUUAAUGAUACAUGUAAUAUGUUAAUCUUUGCUUAAUUUUUCUUUCCACUAGUUUUGCGCAUGUGUCUGCCAAUGCUCCUAUUCCUUAUGUUCGUCCAAAAAUAACUCCUAAAGGUAUGCCGUGAUAAAUAAGUUACCCUUAAGCAAAUGAAUUAAAUUGUCCAUUUAAGCCAAACUAUCGAAGAAAAAUUACCGUUACUUUUAGUGUAAAGACAAUUUUCCUCACUGCAGUUCAGUAGAUUCACUGCAUUUUAAAUUGUUUAAUUCAUAAAUAAAUACUCCAGCUCUUCCAUACUACUUACCAUUGAUAAUACACGGAUGGGGCUACAAUUAUUUCUGCUAAAUUCACUUAGUUACGAACGACAAAUUAUCACUGCUUUCAUAGUUAUCGUUGUGGCAACCGGAGAACAUAUUUGCAGCUACUUAACCUGGAGCCCUUACAAUUUUUCACAAACCCUUUGGUCGAAAAUUUCGCGUCUAAAAUUUAAACGGUUGAAUUUGACUUCGUGUCAGGAGGACUCUUUACAAAGUGUAGCUAAGUCACCUAAUGAGACUAAAAAUAUUAAAGAAAAAGUAUCGUCUAACACGGCUAUUCAUUUUUUCUAUGGCUACCCAAUGGAACGGCGGGAACCAUUUAAUUUUCCAAUUAGAAUGUUCGAUUUCCGUUGGAAUGGUAAAUACCCGUGGUAACAUGCUACUAUCUCCUGUGUCAAGCAACACCUUUCACUACACAUUUUUCAUUGUCUAGGAGAAGGGCACAUGAAGCUUGAGAUGGCCAGGCAUCCAUGUCUUGAGGUUCAAGAUGAUGUGGCAUUCAUUGCCAAUGAUAUCACACUUGAACGAGGUAUAGGAAUACUCCUAAGACAUGCACACCUGUGUUAACCCUUUGAGUCCUAAGAAUGAUCAGCAUGAAAUUUCUCCUUGUAAUAUCAAUGCUUUAUAAAGCAAAGUGGUCGUGAGAAUUGAGGACAUGAUCACAAAAGAUAAAUCUUAUUGAUACUUCAACAACUUCUCCCCACUACUUUCAUAGGGCAACAAAUGAGAAUUUGAAUUUUAAUGUUAGGGUUUAAGGGAUUAAGUGGUCAUCCUUGGGGAAUGGCCCUCUGACUGCUUAAUAAUGGUUUGACCCUCCUAAAAGAAAGCCAAUUAGUAUCAAGAAAAACGGUGACUGAAAGGGAUUUUUAUCUCUUUUUCUACCAAAAUAAAUGAAAAUUCCAACAAUUACAUGUCAUGCAAACAUGUAUUAAAAAAGAUUUUCUAAAAUAGGCGUUACCUCAAAGCUAGAAACCAUGCUGAAUGAACUCUACAGACACCACCACUAGUACACAGUUACCGACAAUGUUCGUUUACGUUUUGUAGGUGAAAAAGAAUUUUUGAUUAUUACGGGGCCUAACAUGGGAGGCAAGUCUACCUACAUCAGACAGGUUUGUGUACUGGCUCUCUUCUUUUAACAUAACUGAAUCAGUUGCUUUGUAGUAUCCAAAUGAUAGAUGAACAUUCCAUAUUUUCUUGCCUACAAUGUGUGUGACAUUCAAACAGGAUCUUGUUAAUUUUUUUCCUGUUUUUUUUUUGGUUACAUCUCACUGCAACGCAUGUUCUGUCUUUUUGCCCUCUAAGUUCUCCAAUACGGUAGAAUCCUCGAGUGGUUUACAAGCAUCUGAAGUCACGUAUUCCCAAGUAAUGUCACAUGACGACCAGCUUCUUCAUUCUAAGGGAAGAAUGAGGCUAAUGGUGUGCAAAUCCGGCAAUAUGUCUGAUGUCCAAACAAAGAAUUUGACUUAUAUAAUUUGUUGAUGUGAGCGUAAAUAAGGUCAAGAAAACUUUAUUCAGCGGUUACUUUGUUGGGAAAACCGACUGGGCCCUCAGACGCAACUACUUACGUCUGAUGUCCAAACAAAGAAUUUGACUUGUAUAAUGUUGAUGUUAAGUCAUGAACCCUUAAAGAGGCGAAACUGGAAAUUAUUUUUCGAAGAAGCAGAAGAAGCACAAAGCUCUGAAUCGCUCUCAGAAGGGCGCAAGAAGAGAGCUUUGACACUAACUUUCAAGAACCCGUUGAUGCCCACAAAUGACAGUGUUAUUGAUAUGGUUGUUCAUUCAUGCUCGCUUCCAUAUCUUUAUCCGCAGUUCCAAAUAUGAUUCAUUUCAUGUAUUUUAAAUUGGGCCUUGGCCAAACGUCGAACUUUUCAUGAGACGAACCAAACUUAGUGAGUCAAGUUCAUGAAAAGUUCGACGUCUGGCUCAGUUGAGGUCGUCUGAAUGAGUUUGGAGGCGUCCAACACGUUCUAUCCGUCUGCUUCACACGAAUAGAACGCUUGAAGACCGUCUCCUGGACCAAUGUCGAGCUUCACAUGCGACGAACUAAACUAAUGAAUUAAAAAUUUGUAUGAUAAUGUAUAUUUAGCCUUGUUUGGGAGAAAAUUUAUGAAAAUUGCUGUUUAGUGCGAUUCAGUUUAUUGGCUCGACGCGUCCCAAGUUCGAGGUCUGACCCAACAGUCGAUCUUAACUUAAUUUAGGUCGACCCAAAAUAGAGUUUGAUUCGUCUAAUGAAAAAUUCGACGAGUGGCCUAGGCUUUAGUGAUAUUAAUGUUAGUAACCUCUCUCCAGACAGGAGUGAUAGUACUGAUGGCCCAGCUUGGAUGCUUCGUGCCUUGUAACACUGCAGAAGUAACCAUCACCGACUGCAUUUUAGCUCGAGUGGGGUCUGGAGACAGCCAGUUAAAAGGGGUCUCUACCUUCAUGUCAGAAAUGCUGGAAACGGCUUCAAUAUUAAGAGUAAGGGGAAAUGUUUAAUUUACUUACUGCACUGCGUUUAGCUUUUUCUCUAACCUGCGAUCCCAAUGAAAAAGGGCAGGAGAAUCUCCUGAUCGAAAGUGACCUCUUUUCGUCUUUUCAUUGCUGCAACGAUUUAAACGACGAUAACUUUUUUGUGCACUUUAAAUCAUCCAAACGCUUUCUGUUUAUUCUUACUUGAUUUUUUGGUUAACUGAUCAUUUUUUGGUUAAAUAAAUAGUACUGUGUUUUGCCGAGGAAUAAAUUUGCAAACCUAAUCGCGUUUUACCAAUCGUGCAUCUCUGAACUUGAUAGCUCUCUCCUCCGCAGACGUCUCUUUGUGCCGUAGGGAGACUGGGAAGAGGGAAAUAGUCUGUGGUCCAAAAAGACCUGCAUAGAUCCUUUUAAAAAAUUCUGCAACUAACAAAAUUUUGCCAAAUAAAUACCCCUAAUGCAUGUUGAUUUCCGACAAACCAAUUUACCACCACCAACUGUCGUUUUAAUAUCAAGACAGUGGAAUUGAAGAGAAUACCCAAGUAUAAAUAGUGCAAAUGUGAAGAGUGAAUACCCUUUAUGUAACGAUUUGUAUAUAUCUUAGUCUGCUACAGAAAAUUCGCUCAUCAUAAUCGAUGAACUGGGAAGAGGUACCUCGACUUACGAUGGUUUUGGACUUGCCUGGGCAAUAUCACAGUAAGUUGCCGAACUGUUUUUGGUAUUGGUGUUAUUUUUUAUUCAUUUCGUUUUGUUCCGUCAGCGUUACCCUGUGAACAGAGCCCCUUUUUGUCUUCUUUUUGAUCGAGGAAGAGAAAAGGAAGCUCUGCCUGAAUCGUGUCAAGCCUUUGAAGGCUCCACAGCCCAAUCUUCUGGACUAGUCAAUCUUGUUUUAUAUCGUCAAACUAGCUUUUCGAGUGUCAGCAUCCGAUUAUUGAUAAACCAAUGGUCAUAAUUGAGCCCGCUAUACCAAGCGCACGGCUGUUACGCCUGUGUUCGAAACCUAUUCUAGCAACUUGCAGUGCAUGCUCAGCAAAGAUCUUACUCGAUUCGAGUUCGCCAAGGGAGAAGCAGCAACGACGGCAUUGGUUGCAAAAAAGUCACUUAAGAAGUGAAUUCGCGCCGCUUCAAACUUUAUCUAGCUUAUUCCGUCUCGUUCAGUUCGUCAAAUAUUGGCGAAUUUUUCUAGAGUUGAAUUCUAAAGGACUGUAGCGAAGGUCACGAAUAGAAAAAGAAAGUCGUUGCCUUGUGUUCACGUCCUGCCAGCGUGAAAUACGGCACUUACACGUGAUAGUCAUGCAAAAACGGCAAAGAAAUGUACCAAAAAAAACGUGAUGCACGUGCAAAUUUGUUGUUUUGCUUAUUGAACCUAUUGCUCUUUUGCCGUUCUCGUUGCCGUCUUCAUCGUCGUUGCUUAAGCUCCGUAAAAUCGAACAAGGGAAACGAAGGUUCUGCUAGCAGGGUGCGUGGGCGUGGGCGUGAGCGUUAUCGUGUUUCUCGCAAAAAGAGCCCUCUAAUUUUUUAACAGAAAAUAUACACCUAAUUGCAAUAACGUUGUCUUAGAAAAAUCGAAAAAGGAAAAAGUCAAAUAGGAAUUAAUCAGGCUAAUUAAGCGUCAUCCUCAGCGUGGAUUCAUUUGCAGCCGUUGCAUCUCCCCGUGGAAUUUUUUUAUCGUUUUUCAGCUUCGAAACAAUAGCAAAUUCCAACGGGUAAAUACGGGCGUCCAUGUGCGGAUGCUGCAAAACAAUUCGCUAGGCUUAUUAGCCUAACUAAUUGCUAUUUGGCUUUUUCCUUUUUUCAUUUUUCUAUGUCAACGUUUUUGCAAUUGGGUGUGUCUACAUAAUAUUAUUACUCGUCAUCUAGUGGCAUUAAAUCUGCCUGCCUACGUGACUAAAGCGCCAUUUUUCUUAUCCACUUAUAAGUUUGCAUAAUUUAACUAGCCCCUGUUGUUAUUUAGGUACAUCGCUACCAAGAUCCAAUGUUUUUGUCUCUUCGCAACUCAUUUCCAUGAACUGACCGCUCUAGCGGAUGAAGUUUCAACAGUUACCAACCUACAUGUGACAGCUAUGACCUCAAGCGGGACUUUAACGCUGCUGUACAAAGUAAAACCCGGUAAGACGAUUGAGUUUUAGAAUAACCAUACCGGCAAGGCUGCAGUAUUAUCGGGCAGCUAGAGAAACUGAAGCCGGAUUUUAUCAUCAACACAACUGCCUAUCAAGGACAAUUGCAUUUGCGAUUUGUUUAAAUGUCUUGAGACAAAAGGAUUUGGAGACAAUUCCGCAAAAAGAGCGAUUUCAUUCUCGAAAUUAUUAGAACCAAAAAUAGUAUUUGACUUCCUUCGUUCAUUGUUCCAUUUUUGACGUCUGCCUCAGCGAUGUCGUAUUAUUCUUAGGGACGUUUAUAUGAGGUGAGCCAGCCCGGUUAGCCAGGCAAGCUCGCUUUGCGGGUUAGCUCGGUUCAUGCCCUGUUUCCUCUCGUUUUGUUUAUAUGAGAAGGCAGGCUGACCCUCUUGCCGAUAUCCCGGUUGCUCGAGCCAAGAUAUUGGCAAGCGGACCAGCCUGCUUUCUCAUAUAAAAAAGAACGACAUUUUGACAAGGAUAUAAGGCAUGAGCUGAGCCAGCUCCGUAAAGCGAACCAGCCCGGCUAACCUUGAGUGUCGUAGAACGUCAAGCUUAACCAACGCUACUAACGAGCCAAUCACCACCACGCGUAGACAAGUAUGAACCAAUCCGGUAAUGAAGCAGACUCGCGUAGCUGGCGCCAAGCGCAAAAGCGCCGGAAAAUGAGCGAGAUGGUUCGUAGAUUUUUAAAAAUUGUGACGCAAGAACUUUAAGGAAAUCACAAAGCGUAGCAGUAGAAAACCUAAGCAAUUUUAAUAGUUAAUUAAUUACAUCGUUAGCUUGGCGUGUGAGUUGGAUGAAGCAAAAGCUGUUAGGGCAAGCGCAAGAUGUUUCUAUCUUUCCCACUCGAUCUAUGGAUUCGACAGGAGACAGGCACUCCGGAUCGUAUGGUUUGUCUGGUAUCAAGACAGGAUCGAUUCCAACACAAGAAAUCUUCUCUAAGUAACGUUUUUUCACGUGGGGACCAAGCGUGUUCACAUAAUCUGAGAGGAUAUCCCGCCAUGUUGGAAAGUGUGGAACACCAACAUGGCGACUCAAAUUUCCGGGGAAAAAUGUGACGAUAUGUGAAUACGCUCUAUAUUAUUAAUAAGUAAUCACAUGAUUUUUCUCGUGCAAUUUGGAGUAAAUAAACACUUGUAAAUUUUUCAAACACCAUAAAGUGCACUCGCCCUACAGGCUUGCGCACUUUUGUUGGUCUUUGAAAAAUUUACUCGUGCUUAUGUAGUCCAAAUUGCACUCGAAAUCCAAACGUUUUCUUUUAGCAAUAGAAGUAAUCUACUAUCGGCCAAGCCUUUUCGGUCACGUGACUAUACUGGAUAUUGUCUCCGUUCUUUUGUCUCUUAAAGUGAACUGCUUUAUUCACUAUUGAUCGAUGUGAUCACAAUUUUUUCUUGUAGUGAAGGUUUCCUCAUUUUAUUUUUUUUUAAUGUUUUCUUUUAUUUCUUUUAUUUCAUUUUUUUUUUUCAGGUGUGUGUGAUCAGAGUUUUGGUAUCCAUGUUGCCGAACUGGCGCACUUUCCAACACGUGUCAUUGACGUAAGUGUGACUUUUAUUAUUGUGUGGGGGGUUUUUGCGGAAUGAAUGUAUUUAACCUAUGCCACUGAUAGUAAUAUUAUAAAGGAAAUAAAGGGAGAUGUAAAGAAUCAACCAUAAGAGGACACAGAAAAAAUCGGAGGGUCGUGGGUUCGAAUCCCAUCUGGGGCUCAGAUUUUUUCUGUGUCUUCUUAUGGUUGAUUCUUUACAUCUUACUUGAAUGCAUUUACCUUAGAGAAAUUCGUCAACCUUUACGCUUUCAAAGGUCUAGGAACUGAAAAAGUCAGAAAAAGCUCCAAUUCCUAUUUUCUAAAAUGCUUCAAAUUUUAAACAAAAAAUUACAGCGUGAAAGUACUACUGAAGAGGUUUCAUUUGAAUGGACACACCAUAGGAUUACUUCCACAAACUCAAAAGUUAUAACUAGAUAGUGUGAAAUUUAUAGAACCGUGAGAAAGUACUGCUGAAGAGGUUUCAUUUGAAUUGUAACGCCAAAGAAUUCCAUCGACUUACCUUAAAGUUAGAAGUACAUGCUAAAAAGAUAGUGCCAUGUGUAGUGCUAGUGUUAGUGUUCAAUACUGCUGAAUAGGUCUUGUUUGAAUCGUCGCACCAUAGGCUUAAGUCCACAACCGGAACUUUUCUAAGAGGUCCUAAAGCUAAUGGGUCAAUUAACGUAUGUAUUUGAAAUAACAGAAUGUACAUAAAACUUGUUUUAGAUGUACGGGGGGAAAUCAUCAGUUACGAUAAAACAAAAGAAACAGAAAAUGCCUUUCAAAGAUUCUCGGUGCUACGCGCGCAAACCGUUGGGUAGAUUGUUAAUAUAUGUUGUAGUUAAUAUUUUAUCUCAGGUUGUUUUUGAUUUUCUUUUGUUUUUGGCUAUGGUAAUGUAUACUAAUGAAGUUGAAACAAAGGAAAAAUAAACAUUAACUGAGGUAAAAAAAUUAACUACAACAUAUGCUUUAGAAAAAGCAAUGUUCCAAGUAUACUACCUUGAGGUACGCCACAAUUAAUGAUGCGAGCAGUUGACAGUUGCCUACGUACCUUACUGGUCAGAUUGGAAAGAUCCUGUCUGUAGAUCUUAAGCAUAGGUCGUAACACGAAAACAUAGAAUGUCUAGGUGGUAAUGAGUAGUUUUCAAACACGAUUCUCGGGACAAAAACAUAAGUCAAGCGCUCACUAGGACGUUAACUAGCCUGAUUGGAAAAAGCAAAUUUAGUUGUGCUUGCUUAAACACAACACAGCCCUUUGAUUAACAAAUCACCUGCCAACGUGUUUUUUUGCCCACGAUAUAACGUAUUUCAGUUGGUUUGUAAUGUUUAUUGAAUCGGGACGCUUCGAUCUAUGAAACACGUCUAUGCGCUUAAUUGGCGACGUGCGUCCCCCGGAAAUAAAUUUUAAAUCUUGAGUGAGUCAAACCUCUUUGAUCUGCAUAACACACCGAUACGUGCUUCGCCCUGGAAUCAAAUUGAAGCCUUCAUUGGAUCGCUUUGAUCUAGCGUGUUUAACUGGCAAGGAGCGUCAUUCGAACGACAAAACAAGCGUUGUUUAGGUCAUAACUCUUAUUACUAUUUAGGUCGGAACUCUUUGAUCUUCAAAACAUGCCAAUACUCUUAAUUAACAAUCUGCGUCACUGGGAGAACAAACAUAGCGCUAUUUAGGUCGAAACUCUUUGAUCUUCAAAACAUGCUAAUACCCUUAAUUGACAAGGUGCAACAUUCGAGAAAACAAGUAUAUCGCUAUUUGGGUCGAAACUCUUUGAUCUUCAAAACAUGCCAAUACUCUUAAUUAACAAUGUGCGUCACUGGGAGAACAAACAUAGCGCUAUUUGGUUCGAAAUUCUUUGAUCUUCAAAACAUGCCAAUACCCUUAAUUGACAAGGUUCGUCACUGGGAUAACAAAUAAAGCGCUAUGUGGGUCGAAACUCCUUGAUCUUCAAAACAUGCCAAUACUCUUAAUUAACAAAGUGCGUCACUGGGAGAACAAACAGCGCUAUUUGGGUCGAAACUCUUUGAUCUUCAAAACAUGCCAAUACCCUUAAUUGACAAGGUGCGUCACUGGGAUAACAAAUAAAGCGCUAUUUGGGUCGAAACUCCUUGAUCUUCAAAACAUGCCAAUACUCUUAAUUAACAAAGUGCGUCACUGGGAUAACAAAUAUAGCGCUAUUUGGGUCGAAAGUUUAUGAUCUGCGAAACAUGUUAAAACCCUUAAAUUGAGAACAUGUUUUGCAGACAAAAGAGUCCCGCCCAAAUCGCGUUGUAUAAAACGAGAAAACAAGUAUAUCGCUAUUUGGGUCGAAACUCUUUGAUCUUCAAAACAUGCAAAUACUCUUAAUUAACAAUGUGCGUCACUGGGAGAACGAACAUAGCGCUAUUUGGGUCGAAACUCGUUCAUCUCCAAAACAUGCCAAUACCCUUAAUUGACAAAAUGCGUCACUGGGAUAACAAAUAUAACGCUAUUUGGGUCGAAACUUUAUGAUCUGCGAAACAUGUUAAUACCCUUAAUUGAGAACACGUUUUGCAGACAAAAGAGUCCCGCCCAAAUAGCGUUGUAUAUCCCGAAAGACAAACAUUCUCAAUUAAGGGCAUUAACUUGUUUUGAAAAUCGAAGAGCUCCGCCCAAAUAGCGCUAUGUGUCACGAGCAAAUAACAUAAAUACCUUUAAUUAACAAUUUUUAUCAUUUGGGUCUACAAUUAUAGCGCUUUAUGGGUCGGAACAGCACAUUUUAUAUACUUGUGUCACCAGGGAGAUGAAGUGAACCCUUAAUUGGAUCAGCACUCUUUGAUCUUAUAUUUAUUUAUUUUUAUUUAUUUUACUCUUCUCAAGGAGGCUCGCACCCAUUUUUCAAAGUCUCACCCCUUCGCUUUUGACGCUUCAUAACUUUGGCUGUAUUGCAUGUACGAAAAAGCCACUAAGUGAAACAACAUGUCUAACAUUACCUUGGCAAGAUUUGAAAAAGCGUUUUUGAGAUAUAAUGUUCUAAAUAUAAUGGUCUUCUCGUUGUUAACUUGGAAUUUGCUUUGCCUUUCUUUAUCCACAACAAAAAAGUAGCAAGAAAGUGAGUAUCAUCAUCACCGGUCAUGAGACCUCCUGGAUUUCUGAAACGGUUCCCAUGGGGGCCGUUUCUCGAAAUUCGUGGUAGCUUUAAGGGCCCGAUAAUUCAAGUCCCAUAAAGUUGUCGGGCGUUUCUCUAAAUUACCGAGACUUUCGAGAAACGGGCCCCACAAAACCCUAGGGUUUAUGGAAACUCAAGGGAAGGCCUGGGGUAAGGAUUGUCAAAGGAUUUGCGGACCGUUGGACUGGAAGUCGGAAAUUGAUCAGUUCAGAUACAGCACAACAGAGCACAGCAGCUACCGUGUCGGAAAACGGAGUAGAUCGCUCUUCAUUUUUACGGUAGCAGGUGGUUCUUUUUUACGGACCUAAGAGGCGAUUCACAUCAUUUUCGGAACAAAAGAAAACGAUUCAAGCACGCAUCACAUUCAUUACUAAAAUUACGAUAAACUUGGUAUGAAAAGAAAAAAACGCAUUGGAGACCUUUAGAUCCGAUGACGAGGACGACUUCGGUUUUUUGCGAAAAUAUUGUAGUGACGGAAACUAGUUAUCAAAUGCUAAAAGUUUUGUCUUUUUGUGAUCGGGAGAGGGCUUAACCUCGUUCAAUGAAAACAACCAUGAUAACCUUUUUUGGUGAAAAAAAGUAAAAUUACUCUUUUCGGGGAUGUCUAUUAUUUCAGAAUACGUGAAAAAGUGUUGAGUCAUAUCUCGUCCUUAUAGUCUUCCUGGUUCUCGAAUCUGAAGGUCGCAAUUAACACUUCACAAGAAUACAACAAAGGCCCGAUCACGGCUCGCGAAAAUACACCAUACCACCCUAGUUAAUAACAAAAUUACUCACUGCCACCUGAGGAGCACGGUCUCAAGACCAAGAGAGGUGAUAACUUACCAUACUGAAAAAAACAUUAAUUUAAUGAAGUCCCCCGCUUGAAAAAGGUUUGGGAAACGGGGUAAGGUUCAUUUGAAGAACUGUGCGUACCUGUAAAAAAAAAUUCUAGUCACUCCCCUGCUAACACUUAGCUCCGAAGCCGCCUGAGGGGUGUAAGAAAAAAGGGAACGCAAUGACACCCAGUGAUAAAUAUGAUAAAAAUUUGAUUUAUUUUGUGUUAUUCCCGGCAGCUGCGGAGCCAAAGUCCGAAUUUUGAUAAUUCAGAAUUGGCGUAUCGGUCGAAAGUCGUUGAAGAGAAGCUUAAUUCACAAGUUGCCUCAUUAAGGCGAGCAAAUAAGCGCCAAUGGAGUCGGAUCUUUGAUCGACAGAACAAGACUCUUAAUUGACAGUGUGCGUCAUUGGGGCGAACAAAUAAGCGCCAUUUGAACGGAACUCUCUGAUCUAAAAAACGUGCCAAUACCCUUAAUUGACCAUGUACGUCAUUGGGGCAAACAAAUAAGCCCCAUUUGAGCGAAAUUCUUUAAUCUACAAACCGUGCCAAUACCGUUAAUCGAAGAUGUGCGUCAUUUGAGCGGAACUGUUUGAUCUACAAAACGUGCCAAUACCCUUAAUUGACAAUGUGCGUCAUUGGGGCGAACAAAUAAGCGUCAUUUGAGCGGAAUUCUUUAAUCUUUAAAACGUGUCAAUACCUUCAUUGACAAUGUGCGUCAUUGGGGCGAACAAAUAAGCGUUAUGUGAGCGGAGAUCUUUGAUUUACAAAACGUGCCAAUACCCUUAAUUGACAAUGUGCGUCAUUGGGGCGAACAAAUAAGCGUCAUUUGAGCGGAAUUCUUUAAUCUUUAAAACGUGUCAAUACCUUCAUUGACAAUGUGCGUCAUUGGGGCGAACAAAUAAGCGUCAUUUUUGCGGAAUUCUUUAAUCUUCAAAACGUGUCAAUACCUUAAUUGACAAUGUGCGUCAUUGGGGCGAACAAAUAAGCGUCAUUUGAGCGGAAUUCUUUAAUCUUCAAAACGUGUCAAUACCUUUAUUGACAAUGUGCGUCAUUGGGGCGAACAAUAAGCGGUAUUUGACGGAAUUAUUCAAUCUUCAAAACGUGUCAAUACCUUAAUUGACAAUGUGCGUCAUUGGGGCGAACAAAUAAGCGUCAUUUGAGCGGAAUUCUUUAAUCUUCAAAACGUGUCAAUACCUUAAUUUACAAUGUGCGUCAUUUGUGCGAACAAAUAAGCGUUAUUUGAGCGGAAAUCUUUGAUUUACAAAACGUGCCAACACUUUUAAUUGACAAUGUGCGUCAUUGGGGCGAACAAACAAGCGCAAUUUGAGUGGAAUUCUUUGAUCUGCAAAACUUGCCAAUGCCCUUAAUUCACAAUGUGUGUCAUUCGGUAUCAAAUAGUGCUGUUUGGGAGAAAACACGCCAAUGCGCUUAAUUGGUAUAGUUCGUUAUUUGGUUCGGGACUUUUUGAUCAACAAAACGCAGUAACAAACUUAAUUGACUUUUUUUUUUCGCCAUCGAGAUGAAAUACAAACCUAACUGGGUCGGAACUCCUUGAUCUUCGAAUAAUUCCAGAACUUUUAAUUAAAAAAGUGCCUCAAAUGUUCGGCGUAACAAAGAAAGUUCCUUUGGAGUCGAAGCAACACCAUAAUACCUUUAAUUGACAAAUGGCGUCAUUCUGAGUCUGAUUGGCAGCCUCAAUUGGGUCAGAAGUCUUCGAUCUUCAAACAUGUCAAGACGCUUAAUUAGCUACGUGCGUCAUUUGGGAGAUAAAAUGAAGUCUUGAUUAGGUUAAACAAGAAUGAAAUUCAAGGGACAUUUGUAGCAUUUGCCACAUUUGGAUGGUGAAUUUUAUGUGGAAGCAUGGAUUCACCUAAGUUUGUCGAAGAGUGUAUUUCUGUUGAACUAAGAGAAUAAGUCCCCAUCGUUGGAAAGAAGGCAAGAUAUUCACCUCCUUCAAUAGCCAAGAAUCGCACGGUGGAUUCAACGGCCGACUACGUUAGCGUUAAUGGCAGAUAUCACCAGAUCACAUUGCCGACUCUUACAGAGGGCAGUAACAAGAGAUCAUUAUCCUGCAGCGAAGUCUUCAAGAUAAAGGGAAUGGCCUUCAGGCUUUCCAAAGACAAGAUGGAUGCAUUGAAAACUGACAUCUUCAAACCACUGAAUUCGUGUGAAAUUUUGUUAGCUAGAAUAAAGGCCAGCGAUUAUAGAGGGAUAACGGUCACCUCAAUCCAUGAACUGAACAGUCUGUAAGCUUUAAGUUAUCUGUUUAAAUGGGUCUUGUAAUCAGUUAAGGUAUUUAAUGUAUGACGUCCGUGCUAAGACAGUUCUUAAAAAUCCUCUCGAUACGUUUGCGAAAAUCAGUACAGAAGAUCAUUAUAAUACAUGAUUAUCAGGAAAGAAAUGUUUCUCUGUCAAAUUCUCCAGAACUUAAAAAUGAAAAGGUCUAUUACUAGAACUGGUGUGUCUAUUUGGAAUUUUAUUCUACUUUCUGUUAAAACUCUCAACAUAUCUGAUUUUCGUAAAAAAUAAAAUCACUACUCCUUACUUGAGAAAAGGUCUGUCGACUAACUGCUGCGCCUCUUUUUUUGUUUGUUCGUUCGUUUGUUUGUUUGUUUUUUUGUUCUGUUUUGCUUUACUGGCGAUCUUUAGCCAAAGGGAGUUCAAGACAAACGCCAAUAGGCCAUCUCCGAGUUAAAAAAAACUCUCACUUUCAAACCCGAGGCCUUUCUUGUGAAAACAAAUUAUAUUUGUAUGAGAAUGAAAAAUCAUUUUCAUAUCAAUGACUAUGCACUUAGCCUCGCUUUGAUUCAGAGGCUUGGGACUACUCGGAGAUGGCUUGUAUUGGCUAUUACCAAGUUGCUUUGAAAACUGGGUCCAAAUUUGCCCCCCAAAACAGUACUACAAUGCACUUCGACACAACACCUACAAUCUUGGGGAACUCAAAUCAAGGAUGAAGCAGUGCAAAAGCCAAAACGCGCCAUUUUCCCAUCCUAGAUUUGAGGGGAGGGGGCGGGGGGCAAAAAUUUCCCAUCUAUUUUGUCCAAGAUUGUAGCAAGCUGUUUUCUAGUACAACCUCAACAAAUAAAACUUUUAAAGGCGUUUGUUUAGCUCUUGCGGGGAAGUUUCUUCAAAAGGAGUUGUGAAUUCUGUUUGUAUUUAAAAUAAUUCUGUAAAAAAGAUUAUUAAAUUUAGUUUUAAGCUUAUUUAUGAACAAGUCAUCUAAAUAAAGUAACGCAAGACUUAAGCUUAAUUUGCAUUUGUAAACAAAAAACUUUUUCACCGGUUUUAUCGAUAACUAUUCAAGUCAAAAAGACAAAGCUUUAUCUGUUAAAACUUCCAUGUAUUUCGGAAAUAGCUUGCUAGAUUAGUUGUGAAAUUUCUUAGUUUGUUUACGGCAGCAAACCGGGAAAGCAUUUUGCUCGCAACCUACGCGAGUUUGGCGUCGCUCGCUCGGAGGAACUGGAGGUGAAUCAGUGAAUAGUGCAGGAUAUUCACUGAUUGAGUAGCCAAUCAGAGCGCGUGAAAAACACUAUCCACUGUUUUAGUAUAUACUAAACGUUUUUGUAAUGAUACACUUUAUUUAAAGAGGGUAGCACGGAAUAGUUACAGAAACUAGUAAACUUGUGGCCCUCUAAAGUUUUUAGCUUGUAAGUUUUGUUUUCCCAUUUCAGACCACGUGAUGGUACCCCAGAGAAUUGUUUUUUCAAGUUGCGUCUUAUGCAGGUGCAUCCAGUUGCCUAUGUAUGCAUAAUUAAUGCAAAGACAAUAGGCAAAUUCCCUGGAAAAAAUCACGUGGUCUGAAUUGGGAAAACAAAACAUACAAGGUAAAAAGGUGUAUUGUUACUUUUUCUCGUCAGUUUGCUAGACAAAAAGCUGCAGAACUGGAAGAUUUUCAAGGAAGUACUGCGCCUUUGGGAGAAGGAGUCUUGGGUUAGUCUAAGCAGAUAAUAAACACAUACGCUUUUUUAAGAGUGGCAAUGUUUGUUGCCACCCUAAUUAUAACUAAUGGCAGGGUGAAACGUUGACGUUUAUUGGCUUCAAAAUUCAAUGUGUAGAAUACUUCGAGUGUUACUUAAAAGUGCAGCAACGUUUUCACCUGAAAAAAAAAACUGAUAACGUUCGUCCCAGGAAAAAAAAUUUCAUCGCGAAGUUUUCUACUUCGAUCAAUACUUGAAAAAAAAAGUCUUUUCAUUCUUGUCAACAGAACUGAGUAGUACGGUAUUAAAUUGGAUGUCACUAACACAAGGAACAUGGACGGACAACAAGCAGAAUAACGGGAAAAUGAAAAAUGAGAACAGGACAAAGAAUGGAUUAUGGGUUACUGAUAGGGCUAGGGUUGACGUCAGCUUUUCGUCCUAUUUUUCAUUUUCUCGGCGUCCCCCGUCCCUAGUCCCCAGACCCUGUUCCUAGUUUUAUGAAGGUUGGGCUUAGUAACUGCUUGCCUGAAAGUAAGAAGGGCUUUGUGUACCCUCACAAACGGUGCCACAGGAAAGUAAUGCUCAAUAGCUCCACUUACACUGCUGAGUUGAGUUUCGAUAAGCUUGACUGGGGAGAAUAAGCAACCACGGCGGCAAUGGUAGCGAAAAACGCCGCUUUUAAAAGUGAAUUCGCGCUAAUUCAACCUUGAUUCUAAAGGACUGUAUCUAAAAAAAUAGUUGUCUUGUGUUCAUGUCCUCCAUAGUCGUGUAACAAGGACAAAAAAGUGUACAAAAAAGCGCGAGUCACGUGCAAACUAAGUUGUAUUAAAUCCACACUGUCAUAAAAUUGUUUGUGUCUUGUAGACUCGGACAGCGGACUUUCCCCAGCAAAAAGAAGGCGUUUAAUCAAGCAGGUAAUUGUAACCUGUGUUCAGGCUUUUAUUUCUUAGAGAUGGUCUUCUUCAGGCGAUAGUGUUGGUAACUCAAGAAUUCAUUGGUUGAUACGCGUACUAUUUAUACGAAAAUUUUGGUAAAAAUUUCCCUUUAAAUGGGAGUGGUUUUUUUUCUUUUUGCACCGGGCGAAGGGCUGUACCAUGUACAAAAUACCGGUAAAUUUUGUCGCUUUCUCUCGAGAGGAAGCCUGGCACUGGUAAACAAACAAAUUGUACAGAAUCGGUCUUUCCGGGAAAAAGGUAAUACCUUGGAAGGUAUUACCUUUUUCCGAAGACAUUCCACUGGCAUAAACGGUUCCAUUUGAAUUCUUCUGGAAUUACCUGAUUUUCCGUUCAAAUGGUAAGCGCUCCAGUAGUAAGGGUCAGUGAUAGUGACUAUCAUCGGUGAGACAAACGGUAAACGAGCCCUAUCAUAAACAUAAAAUGAUCUUUUUCAUUAUAUUGGGAUGCUUUUGUUUGAUUGUUUGUUGGUACUUUGUUACUUCUUUUCAUCCGGUGGUUGGUUUGGUUGGCUGAUGCUUGAUUAACGGCUAGAUUACGUAAAAAUCGGCUGCAGUGCUAUCUAUUUGCCACAACUCGCUUUUUUUUUCUUUUUUAGGAAGGGGAAGAAAUUAUCAAAGAUUUUCUAAGUCAGGUGGCGAAGUUACCCAUUGAAACCAUGACAGACGAUCAAACCACGCAGGAAGUAUCAAAAUUAAAGGAGGAAGUCCUCGCAAGAAAUAAUCCUUACAUACAAGAGCUUUUGGCCAAAUAAAAAGCCCUAUACGGUCAACCAGCUAGCGCAGUGCUAAAAUGUAUUCCUGGAGACUCGAUGCACUUUACUCAGCGUUUUCGUUGACAGUGGCGAUAAUGCCGUCUUGUCACUUCUUCACCUCUUGUGAUGGAAACUUGAAAAAGUUAAAACUGCAACUUACAAUGAUAUAUGAGAUACUGCUAUUAAGUUCUAUA